AUGAUUUCAUUUAAUCAGGGAAAGGCAACACAAAACUCAUCAAAAGGAUUGUGGCAUCCGAAUAUUGAUACGAGAGGAAAAAAAGGAACGUAUGCCGUCAUAACGAAAGGAGAGUUUGAAGGCAUCGUUAGCCAAAUCAAACAAGAUCGAGACCUUGAAGAAGAAAAGAUGGAAAAGAAACGACAACUCAAAGAGUUAUCCGAUAAAAGAGUGCAACAUUGGGGAAACACCAUUGAUGCUGUCAGAAUUAAACAAGAACAAGAGAGAGAGGAGAGACUUCGGGUUAAGGAAGAAGAAAAUCAAAGACUGGAAAGAGAAGAAGCCCUCUAUCAAGCCGAGAUCAAAAGAAAACAAAUAGAAAAACUCAACAAGAUGAGAAUGAUGGAAGACGACAGAGUGAAAGGAUUUUCUGGAAAGAUGCUGUUGGGAGAAGUCUUGAAAGAGCGCGAGAGACAAAUAGAAAUUAAAAAACAAAUUGAACAAAUGGACAGAGAAAUUGAAAAUGAAUGGUUCAUGACACAGAAGGAUCAACUUCUCAAAACUGCUCAUGAAAAACAGCUUCAAGCACAAGAAGCAAAGGAAAAGGCCAAAGAGCUCAAGCUCGAGCAAGAAAAGCAGCUUGAGGAAAUCAGACAAUUGCACUUGAAGCGAAUUGAGGAGCUUGAAAAAGAGAAAGAGCAAAUGAGACAACAUUUAAUUGCAUUGUCACAAGAAGAAGAAGAAAGAAAGCGAAAAAAGAAAGAAAUGCAAUUUGAAAGCACAGCGCAGUUCAAAAAGGAGAGAGAAAUUCAAGAAGAAAGAAAGAAACGCCUGGCCGAAUAUGAAAAAGAGGAGCAACGAAAGAUAAUGGAGUUCUCUAAAGAAAAGGAAGAAAAAAGAGAAGAACAGAGGAGAAGGGAGGAGGAACGAACCAGAGAAAAAGUUAAAUCUCGACAAAAACUCAUCGAUAAGCAAGCAAGAAUGCUUGAGGAAAUGAAGGCAAACGAAAAAGAACGAUAUAUUAAACAAGAGCAAGAAAUGGAAGAGAAAAAGAAAGAGGAAGAAGAGCGACAAGAACAAAAACGAAAAGCAUUUAUGGAAGCCGUUGACAACAGCCGAAAGCAGCAAAUACAGUUCAAAAAGAUGGAAAAAGAAAAAGAAAAGGAAAUUGAUAAAAUUUAUGCUCAACAAGCCAGAGAACGAUUUAAGCAAAUGGCCAUAGAAGAUUUUAUUGAAAAGAAACAACAACAAGAAACAUGUAAACAAGUGCAGGACUAUCAACUGAGCCAAACGUUCGAAAAAGACCAAAAACGGAUUGAGGAGCUCAAGAAUAUCAAGAAAGAAGGUAUUUUGCUUGAAAAAGCAAGGAAAAAAGAAGAAAAGAUGCUUUCGAAAUUUAUUCGAGAAAAUAUUCUUACAACGGAGCAUGAUGAAGGGUUAGUUGAUACUAGACCUGCUAUUGAUUAUGCCAGAAAGAAUAAAAUUGUUCUGUAA